AGAUGCAGGAGUAACUCAGCGGGUCAGGCAGCAUCUCUGGAGAAAGAACAGCUAUUAUCAUGGAUGAAAUUGCCUCAAGUGUCAUGGAAGUAAAGGAUCUGGAUGAGGAAACAAUUUGGGACCUGAUUGAAAGCCAGCGCCACAUAAUCACCAACAGUGUUCGACCCUGCCACAUCACACCCUUCCUACGCCAGUGUCAUGUCAUCGGGGAGACAGAUGAGGAAGAGAUUCUGUUUGCCCCUCACCUUAAACACCGGUGUAUGAGAACUGGAUAUAUGCUCGAUCUAUUAAGAACUCGGGGAAAGAAAGGAGGUGUUGCCUUUCUGGAGUCUUUAGGGUUCUAUAAUCCUGAAAUUUAUACAUCAAUAACUGGGAAGGAACCUACCAAGGAUUGUAGCAGCAUACUCGAUGAAAAAGGAAAUUUAAGUUUGAUUCAAUCUUUAAUGAAUGAGGUAAUGAAUGCUCAGAAAUGGUUAGGAGAAGAAAAAUGUAUCAAGCAUCGGUUGAAUGAAAAAAUGCAAGGCAUGGAAGAGCAAAACCAACAACUCAAGACUGAGCUCACGAAUUUGAAGGCAGCAGAGGUUAACUUAAGUAGGAUGAAAAUGGACUGGAAUCGUCACCAUGAUGAAAUGAUUCGUCUGAAGGAAGAAAAUUAUCAGAUACUGAUGCGGUAUACAAAUACUCUCCAGGAGAAGGAAAUGUCUGUAACACGAAGCAGAGAGUUACGACAACAGGUCGAUAAUCUUAUAAUGGAGAAUAAGAAAUUAAUAGUGGAAUUUGAUGUUGAACGAAGAGUGUCAUCGAAGCUACGAGAAGCAUUCAAACCCAAACAAGAUGAACUUUUACAUUUAAAAGAAGAAAUUGAUAAACUAAGAUUCAGGAUCCAGGAAGUACAAAUGAACCCAGUGACAAUAGAUAUCUUGGAACAGGAUCGUGUAGAAGCUUUGGAAGAAAGUCAAGAUCUAAUGAAAGUAAUGAAUUCACUGCGCUUGGAACUAGAUAAAGCUGAACGACUAAGGAACGAGUAUUUGGACGAAAAGGAAAAUAUGUUCAUGGAAUGCGCCACUCUGAAGAUUGACUGUGAUAUGUACAAAGAUAAAAUUAGCUCACUCCAGUCACAAGUCCUCGAACUACAGAAGGAGCGUGAUGAGGCAUAUGGGGCGAGGGAUGAAGCCCAAAUGCAUAUUAGCAAAACGAUCACAGACAAGGAUUUAUGUCGUCGGCAAGUAAUCGAACUUCAGGACACGUGUCGUCAGCUAAAUAAGGAAAUGCUACAGUUCAAGUCAAGCAAGGAGAGGCAGGAGGAUGGUGGAUCCUGUGUUGCGCAGAGUGUGUCUGCAUCACAAGUUGGUGAAAUGUCUCAGACUAAACCGGUGUCGUUGUCACGUGACCAGUUGGUUACUGAGCAGAAAUGUGAUGCCGAUUUGUCUGCUUUGAUUGACAGAGCAGUGUCAGAGGUGGAAGUGGAUUCCUUGUCAAAGGGAUAUUUUCUGAGGGAUAACUUGCUAAUGCGUAAAUGGUCUCCUUUGAAUGCAUCUGGUCAGGAUGACUGGAGCGUUGUUAAGCAGAUUGUAGUGCCACAUAGGUCGUGGAUCGACCACAUCGACCACUUGACAGAGGUAUUCAAACGACUCGCUCAUGCAAACUUAACCAUCAAUCUUGGAAAGUGUGAAUUUGGCCAGGCCACGGUAACUACCCCCUGCUACCUGGCUGCUCCUGACCUGAUUGGAGGCUCCUGGCCCAAGCUGCAUCACGUGAACCUGAUGACGGAGCCUCAGCUUAAAAAGACCAUGUGA